UAUAUAGAUGUGGUGCCUAUUUGGAACUUAUUUCAGAGUGGAACGAGAAAAUGUGGCGGAUAGGUGUAUUGUUAGUGGCGACUGUUUUGAUACAAUUCGCUGCCGGUGAUGUUAAACCGACAGACACCACCCUUAUAAAUCGGCUGAAGCGCUCUCCAAACUCCUGUGACAACUACGAAUACAGGCCAAGGUACUGGCCACCGCCUCCUCCGCCGCCGCCGCCACCACCACCUUACUGGCCACCCCCACCGCCUCCAGGACCACCACCAUUCUGGCCACACCAUCACCAUCAUCACGACCGCUUCGAAGACUUCACUGAUGAUUCAUCCAAAGACAAGCCUUGUCCAACUUGUCAGGGAGACGGAACUUCAUCAUCUUUGAGUAACGCUAAGAGUGUGAAUGGAGAUGCUAUUGCUAUAGCCAUUGCUAAGGCUAGUCCUAAUUCGAAACCUUGAGCUGAGUUUAUGGAAGAAAGUUAUGUUUUACGGAUGGUGACAGAUGAGCGAAUAUCAUAUUUAGCUCUGAGUAAACGAGAAAUGUGCAUAUAAUGUAAAAUGUUGGCUGGGCAACGUGGCUGCUUUGCAACGUGGGCGGGUUCGACAUCCGCACAGAUCGCACUCUUUGUGCGAUCCAUAAAUUGUUGUUCCGGGUAUGUUCCACAACACGGAAGAAAAAUCUAGUGUGGGGCAGCAAAAAAAAAAUCAGAUCAGAAUCAAAAAUGAAUGACACCCAGACAAAUCUUGAGGUAGCAACAUUAGUAACUACUCUCUGGUCAUUAAGCGAUACCAAGUGCUUACCAGGUCAGGUGUACAGUUAUACU